AUGCAACGCUCCCAGCAAAGCCCUCAUCCGCUGCAGCUGCAGGUCAGCAGCAGCAGCACCAGCAACAGCAGCAGCAGCAGCAGCAUUGUUGCUGCUAAGCUGCAGCAGUUUGGGGCUGCAUGCGCUUGCAAGACCUCUUCAAUGAAGUGCAGAGUCAGGAGCCCUCCGCUGCUGUGGAGCGGUGUCUCUGUUGCUUGCUGCGCAGCAAUGUUAUUUACCUUGCUGCUGCUGCUGCAGCAGCCGCAGCAGCUGCAGCAGCUGCAGGAGCAGCAGCAGCAGGAACCGUUGUUUCAAAUCUUCCCAAGUGGAGGCCCCUGCAGCUACGCGCAAAGCAAGGGCUUAGAAGCAACUCCUGCAGCAGCAGCAGCAGCAGCAGCACCUCGGCGUCUGGCUGCCUCACUUGAUGAUGAGCAGCAGCAGCAGCAGCAGCAGCAGGGCCCUAAGCUGAAGUCUCUGAAGGAUGCGACUUGGCGGCAGUACUUAGGGAUAUUUUUAAUUGCUCUCGCCAGCAUUGUUGCUGUUUGCGCAGGGACAGGAGGUGCUUUUCUUCGGUCCUGCACAGACAGCAGGUGUAUCCUUUGGACUCGUGAUAAACAGAUGUUUACCGUCGUGGCUGAUCAUGGGGCUGCUGCUGAUGCUGAGGCUGCUGCUGCGGGGUCAACUAAUGCAGCAGCAGCAACAGCAACUGCAGCAACUGCAGCAGCAACUGCAGCAGCAGCAGUAGAUGAAGCAAACGGAAGCAAAUCCCUCGAAGUAGUCUCAUUCUCUACUUCACCAGUGCAGCAAGACACAGCAGCAUCAGCAGCAGAACAAACAGCAACGCCGCCAGACCUGCAGCAGCAGCAGCAGCAGCAUGAACAACAGCAGCUAGACCAAGGUAAGCAGCAGCAAAAACCCUCUUCUCAAGCCCCACCAUCUGCAUGUCUUACGGCUUCUCUUUUGCUGCUGCAGUACGAUGAUCUUAUUGCUGUUGCUGCUGCUGCUGCUGCUGUUGCUGCUGCUGCUGCUGCUGCAGCUUCUUUUGACACUCUGCCCAAACGCCGCCUCUCUUCAGACGCCUGCUGCGGUGCAGCACAGGGAGAACAGCAGCAGCAGCAGCAGCAGCAGCAAGGCAAAACGCCUCACGAGCUCGAGCUAGGACAGCAGCAGCAGCAGGGUCUUGAUAUUCUUGAGCAGCAAAAAAUGGUUGGUGUUGCUGCUGCUGUGGCUGACUGA